AUGGUCCAUCAAUUAUCAUUAGUAUCAUCAAUUCCACAUUCAAAAUAUCUUCAAACAAUAUCAUCAUUACAAGCAAUAACAGGAAUAAUAAAACCAACAGAAAUAUCAACAUACUCACUAAUAACCCAACCAUCUCUAAUAUUUAAACCAAAAUUUGAACCUGGAAAAAUAAAUCAAAUUGAACAAUAUUUUAUGAAAUGUACAACAACUUGGACAAAAAAUGAAUUUGAUAUUUCAAAACCUUUGAAUGAUUCAAAAGAAGAUAUUAUUGUACAAAAAUUAUUUAAUAAUGAUGAAGAUAGUACUGAAAGAGUUUGGACUUUACAAAUAAGUGAUAUCCCUAUUGCUGGUAAAAAUCAACAAUGUUCUCAACAAACUAUAUUUGAAAGUACUUUAAUUCAUACACAUAUUGGAGUAGAUGAAAAAGAUGCAACUAAUGAAGUUCAAAAAGAGGAGAGUGUAAAAAAAGAACCUGCAAACAAUGAUAAGAAUAAUGAAGAUUCAGAUAUAAUGGAAAUAGAUCCAGAAGAAGUAAAAGAAGAGUCAAAUACAAACCCAACAACCACAAAACAACAAGACUCAUUCCUAAUCUACUUAUCAAAUUUAGGUUACGAAGUAAUAAAUCAAUAUUGGAUAAAGGGAACGAAGUUUUUUAUAAUGGAAGAUAUAAUAAUUGAGAUAUAUAAAAUUUUCAUACGUGAUGAUUCUUAUAUUGGUAAUGGAAUUAAAUUAAAAUUAUUAGAUGAAUCAAAUACUUUUCAAAUAAAAGUAUAUAUUAACAUAAAGAAUUCAACAGAUAUUGAAAAUAUAAAUUUAGGUAUUAAAAAAUUAAUAAAUUUACAAAAUUUGAUAAAAAGUUUAUUUAUAUUAGAAGUACCUGAUCGUAUGUAUAUGGAUUCAAGAAUAAAAUUAAAUAUUUAA